UUUUGGCUAUUUUCAGAUAGGUCCAACUCAUUCCCAACAAGAUAGAUUUUUAGUACGUGGAGUUGGGUUGACUCACCAAGCUUAGAAGUUUGGACCUGAGCUUGGGAUAAGGAACAAUAAUUGCCAAAAUUGGAAUGAAGACCAACUUUCCUUGUGCCAAAACACAUUGACUUUGAUAAGCACUAGCCACUUGAUUACUUUUUGUGAUUUUGAAGAUCCCAAACCAUGACCAGCAGGACUGGACUUCUACCUGCCCUGAGGAGGCAAAACAGUGAGAAUGGAAUUCGCACAACAAGAGCAAGUGCUGGGUUGAGGCUACGAGGGGGAUUGGGGCCAAAGGGGGCAUUCACCGAUGCCAGCAACCGCCCUAAGCCAACUGCACGAUUGGGACGACCUGUCGCUAAUCUAGGGAAGCAAAGCCUUGGUGUGAAACCGAAGGUCCGGUCGGCUAUGACGAAGCGAGGAUCUGUUGCUGACCAAGAGAAUCGUCCUGUCACUGAGGCAUUGGAGACGCUGACUGAGGAGAAAUCUGAACUGGAAGAGGCACCCAUCAAGCCACGUGUUCGAGCCGGGGAUGUAUCUCCUAUAUCACAGUCUCUGAAGCUGUUGCAGGAGGCAACUGGGGAUCCUGAUUCAGAUGACAUCAAUGAUCCCCAGUGCUUGGCAUCGUAUGCCAGCGAUAUCUAUCACUACCUAUGGAAGAAGGAGAGAGACCUGGCAAUUCAGGAGGAUUUCCUGGAAGGCAAGGGUGUAAAGCCACAGCACAGGGAAAUGUUGGUGAACUGGCUCAUCCAGGUCCAGAUGGACAUGCGUCUCUGCCAAGAAACCCUCUAUCUUGGCAUCUUCAUCCUUGAUAAGUAUUGCUCGAUGGAGAAGGUUCUACAGAAGUCCAAAUACCAGUUGACAGGGAUCACAUCUCUAUUCAUCGCCAGCAAGGUGGAGGAGGUGGGUUACAUCCCAAUAGAGGACUUUGCUGAAAUGACUGAUGGUGCUGUGACUGUAUCUGAGAUGAAGUCUCAUGAGAUGCGCAUUCUCCAUACCAUUGACUUUGUUGUCACCCGCCCCCACGCCCUCCACUUCCUCCGCCGGGACUCCAAAGUUGGCCAGCCACUGGGAUUGUCACCCUCUUACUCCAUGUUGACAUUGGAGGAGGAGAAUUUUGAAGCAGAUGUCAUAAAAGCUAUGCAGUAA